AUGAAAAAGAAGGAGGCAUUUGACGAGUUCUAUGCUCGAUUUUCAGCUACUAUUACGCCAUUGGGCUAUAGCGAAAGUCACAAGAUCGCUGCACUACGAAGACUCAUUACUCUUAAGCUCCGGUCACGAAUCGCCGGUAUCUCAUCGUCUUCCUUCCGCUCAGUUGUUGAGCAUUUGCGAAAGACUGACCAAGACCUCCGUCAAUUGGAGGCUAUGCACGUGGAUGUGGAAGAGAUUGAUGAACAGGAGUUCAAAUCAAGCCCACAGCGAUCACCCUAUUCGGAACAGCUGAAGGAUCAGCUGAAGAAAGAAGGCCGAUGUUUCAAAUGCCUUAGCUAUGGCCAUCGGCCCAAUCAGACUGAGGCAUGCAUGGCCUCAAAGGCAUUGUCGUCUGAAGAGGCAAAGGCCAUUGUGGCCAAGGAACAGGCUGUGGAGAAGGCUGUGGAGAAGCAAUGA